GAAUUUUGGCGGGAUAGUUUGGGAUGGGACCAAAAAUUUGGCGACUGGAGAAAAUGAGAAAAUCAAAAUCACUGAGAAAGAAAUUUCGAGAAAUCUGAAAAUCGGAAGGAAGAAAACAAAAACCUUUCAAUUGAAGAACGGAGAAAUCAUCAUCCGAUGGGUCGAUUAGAUGUAGCUGCGGCGAAGAGAGCGUACCGGAAAGCAGAAGAAGUGGGUGACCGGAGAGAACAGGCGAGGUGGGCUAACAAUGUCGGCGAUAUCCUUAAGAAUCAUGGAGAGUACGUUGAUGCUCUCAAGUGGUUUAGGAUUGAUUACGAUAUCUCCGUCAAGUAUUUACCUGGGAAAGAUUUGUUACCUACUUGUCAGUCUCUUGGCGAGAUCUAUCUCCGCCUCGAAAAUUUCGAAGAAGCCUUGAUUUAUCAGAAGAAGCAUUUACAGCUAGCUGAAGAAGCUAAUGACACUGUGGAGAAGCAAAGAGCAUGUACUCAACUUGGACGUACUUACCAUGAAAUGUUCUUGAAGUCUGAGGAUGAUUGUGAAGCCAUUCAGAGUGCUAAAAAGUACUUUAAGAAAGCCAUGGAACUUGCACAGAUUCUCAAGGAGAAACCACCUCCUGGAGAAUCUAGCGGAUUCCUUGAGGAGUAUAUUAACGCACAUAACAACAUCGGUAUGCUUGACCUUGAUCUUGAUAAUCCUGAAGCAGCCCGUACUAUUCUUAAGAAAGGGCUGCAGAUUUGCGAUGAAGAGGAGGUGAGAGAGUAUGAUGCUGCUCGGAGUAGGCUUCAUCAUAACCUUGGAAACGUUUUUAUGGCGCUGAGAAGUUGGGAUGAAGCAAAGAAACACAUUGAGAUGGAUAUUAAUAUCUGUCAUAAGAUUAAUCAUGUCCAAGGAGAAGCGAAGGGGUAUAUCAAUCUCGCUGAAUUACACAACAAGACCCAAAAGUACAUUGAUGCUCUUUUAUGUUAUGGUAAAGCUUCUAGUCUAGCGAAAUCUAUGCAAGACGAGAGUGCAUUGGUUGAACAGAUAGAGCAUAAUACCAAGAUAGUCAAGAAAUCCAUGAAAGUUAUGGAAGAAUUGAGAGAAGAAGAGCUUAUGCUUAAGAAGUUGUCUGCAGAAAUGACUGAUGCCAAAGGCACUUCGGAGGAACGAAAGUCUAUGCUCCAAGUAAAUGCUUGUCUUGGAAGUCUUAUUGAUAAAUCUAGCAUGGUAUUCGCAUGGCUGAAGCAUCUUCAAUAUUCAAAAAGGAAGAAGAAAAUAUCAGAUGAACUCUGUGACAAGGAAAAGCUGAGUGAUGCCUUCAUGAUUGUUGGAGAAUCUUACCAAAAUCUCAGAAAUUUCAGAAAGUCCCUGAAGUGGUUCAUAAGAAGUUAUGAGGGACAUGAAGCAAUUGGUAAUCUGGAGGGUCAAGCACUAGCGAAGAUUAAUAUUGGUAAUGGUUUGGACUGUAUUGGGGAAUGGACAGGAGCACUUCAGGCAUAUGAAGAGGGGUACAGAAUUGCUUUGAAAGCUAAUCUUCCUUCAAUCCAGCUUUCUGCACUGGAAGAUAUACACUAUAUCCAUAUGAUGAGAUUUGGGAAUGCUCAAAAAGCCAGUGAAUUGAAGGAAACAAUACAAAAUCUGAAGGAGUCAGAACAUGCUGAGAAAGCCGAAUGUAGUACACAAGAUGAAUGCUCUGAAACUGACUCAGAAGGGCAUGCGAAUGUAUCGAAUGAUAGGCCAAAUGCAUGUAGCUCACCGCAAACACCAAAUUCACUUAGAUCAGAACGGUUAGCAGAUCUGGAUGAAGCAAAUGAUGAUGUGCCACUAAUUUCAUUUCUCCAGCCUGGAAAACGUCUGUUCAAAAGGAAACAAGUUUCAGGAAAACAAGAUGCUGACACUGAUCAGACGAAGAAAGAUUUCUCUGUAGUAGCAGACUCUCAGCAGACAGUUGCUGGUCGAAAGCGUAUUCGAGUAAUCCUCUCUGAUGAUGAAAGUGAGACCGAAUAUGAGCUGGGAUGCCCUAAAGACAGUUCUCACAAAGUUCUAAGGCAGAAUGAAGAGGUUUCUGAGGAAAGUAUGUAUUUUGAUGGUGCUAUUAAUUAUACGGAUAAUCGUGCCAUCCAAGAUAAUGUAGAAGAAGGUUCUUGCUCGUAUACGCCUCUCCAUCCUAUUAAGGUGGCUCCAAAUGUCAGCAAUUGUAGAUCUUUGAGUAAUAAUAUAGCUGUUGAAACAACUGGUCGUCGUAAAAAAGGAUCUCAAUGUGAUGUUGGCGACUCCAACGGCACGUCCUGCAAAACUGGAGCUGCUCUCGUGAACUUCCACGCUUACUCAAAAACUGAGGAUCGAAAAAUAAAAAUUGAAAUUGAAAAUGAACACAUAGCUUUAGACUCCUGUUCUCACGAUGAUGAGUCUGUGAAGGUGGAACUUACUUGCCUAUACUAUUUACAGCUUCCUGACGAUGAGAAAUCUAAAGGUCUGUUGCCGAUCAUUCAUCAUUUGGAAUAUGGUGGAAGAGUUCUGAAACCAUUGGAACUAUAUGCGAUUCUCAGGGACUCUUCUGAAAAUGUUGUUAUUGAAGCUUCCGUUGAUGGCUGGGUUCACAAGCGCCUGAUGAAACUAUACAUGGACUGUUGCCAGUCGUUGUCAGAGAAACCCAGUAUGAAAUUGCUUAAGAAAUUAUAUAUUUCGGAGGUAGAAGAUGAUAUCAAUGUGUCAGAAUGUGAACUGCAAGACAUAUCAGCUGCUCCAUUAUUGUGUGCCCUCCAUGUCCACAAUAUUGCUAUGUUGGAUCUCUCCCACAAUAUGCUAGGGAAUGGAACAAUGGAGAAAUUGAAACAACUUUUUGCCUCAUCAAGCCAGAUGUAUGGUGCUUUAACUUUGGAUUUGCACUGCAAUCGAUUUGGUCCAACUGCUUUGUUUCAGAUCUGUGAAUGCCCUGUUCUGUUCACUCGACUUGAAGUCCUCAAUGUGUCCAGGAAUCGACUUACAGAUGCUUGUGGAUCAUACCUCUCAACUAUAGUGAAAAAUUGCCGGGCACUUUACAGCUUGAAUGUGGAACAUUGUUCACUUACAUCAAGAACAAUCCAAAAGGUAGCUAAUGCUUUGGAUUCGAAGUCAGGACUUUCACAACUCUGUAUAGGUUAUAAUAAUCCUGUUUCAGGGAGUAGUAUUCAAAACCUCUUGGCUAAAUUGGCUACUCUAAGCAGCUUUGCAGAACUGAGCAUGAAUGGCAUAAAGCUGAGCAGCCAAGUUGUUGAUAGCCUUUAUGCACUUGUUAAGACUCCAUCUCUGUCAAAACUUUUGGUUGGCAGCAGUGGAAUAGGAACGGACGGGGCUAUAAAAGUUACUGAAUCUCUAUGUUAUCAGAAGGAAGAAACUGUGAAGCUCGACCUUUCAUGUUGUGGACUAGCUUCCUCUUUCUUUAUUAAGCUCAACCAAGAUGUUACUCUAACCUCUAGCAUUCUUGAGUUUAAUGUUGGAGGAAAUCCAAUCACCGAAGAGGGAAUCAGUGCACUUGGGGAGCUGCUUAGGAAUCCUUGUUCAAACAUAAAAGUUCUUAUUCUAAGCAAGUGUCAUCUGAAGCUCGCUGGGCUUCUAUGCAUAAUUCAAGCACUUUCAGAUAAUAAGAAUCUUGAAGAGCUUAAUCUUUCUGACAAUGCUAAGAUAGAAGAUGAGACUGUGUUUGGCCAACCUGUGAAGGAAAGAUCAGUAAUGGUAGAGCAAGAACAUGGAACAUGUAAAUCUGUCACCUCAAUGGACAAAGAACAAGAGCUAUGUGAAACCAAUAUGGAGUGUGAUGAUCUCGAAGUUGCAGACAGCGAAGAUGAACAAAUAGAGGAAGGAACUGCAACCUCGAGUAGUCUUAGUUUGCCACGCAAGAACCAUAUCGUGAAAGAGCUUUCUACCGCUCUUUCAAUGGCUAACCAGUUGAAGAUUCUGGACUUAAGCAACAAUGGGUUCUCAGUUGAAGCCUUGGAAACAUUAUACAUGUCAUGGUCAUCAUCAAGCUCCCGAACUGGCAUCGCCCAAAGGCAUGUAAAAGAAGAGACUGUCCAUUUUUAUGUCGAAGGAAAGAUGUGUUGCGGAGUCAAAUCAUGCUGCAGAAAGGACUGAAGAAGAUCUUGUCUGAAACUGUAUUUGCCAAUAAUAAACCUCUGUUUUUAAAUAUUGAGUAUUUUUAUUUAGAGCGUUUGCAGAAAUUUUUACAUAUUGAUAUUUACACAUUUGGGUUGUGAUGUGUAAAUUUGCUGCAGUUUAAGCGUUAAUGCUCAUAUAAAUUUAGUGACGUUAAUCUUAUGCAACUUUUUAAAAAAUGUAAAAAUU